AUGAAAGUUAGAGAUGAGCUGUUAAAGAGUUGUCUGAAAACGUCAUACGAAAAGUUGCAAGAGGUAUUUCUUUCCUACUUCUUAUUCUUUUCCGGCGAGCCGUGUUGGUUGACGCUCGCCAUUAUGGUGAACAACCGAGUGCCGUCGGUCUUUUCCAAGACCUAUGUAACGCCGCGGCGGCCUUUUGAAAAGGCGCGUCUCGACCAGGAACUUAAGAUCAUCGGCGAGUAUGGUCUGCGUAACAAACGUGAAGUCUGGAGGGUGAAAUACACACUCGCCCGCAUCCGUAAGGCUGCCCGUGAGCUGCUUACGUUGGAAGAGAAAGACCCUAAAAGGCUGUUUGAAGGUAAUGCACUGCUCCGUCGUUUGGUGAGGAUUGGUGUGCUGGACGAGAAGCAAAUGAAGCUUGAUUAUGUGCUUGGUCUCAAAAUUGAGGACUUCUUGGAGCGCCGGCUACAGACACAGGUGUUCAAGGCUGGUCUUGCUAAAUCAAUCCACCAUGCCCGCAUCCUUAUCAGACAAAGACAUAUUCGUGUGCGCAAACAAGUGGUAAACAUCCCGUCUUUCAUUGUUCGUCUGGACUCCGGGAAACACAUUGACUUCUCACUGAAGUCUCCAUUCGGCGGUGGCCGGCCGGGCCGUGUCAAGCGCAAGAACCUGCGCAAGGGACAAUCUGGCGGCGCCGCUAAUGAUGACGAGGAAGAUUAA